ACGUGCAGGAGGACCAAUCCUAUCUGGGAUCGAGGGAGGGACGGGCGCGGUUAGGGCCCCGCCCCUUCCGGCUGUGUCUCGUCUCCCAGCAACGGUCCAAACCCACCCGGUUUCUUCCGCUGUGUUUCGCCGCUGCACACCCAGUCCUCUGCCAUGCUCAGUGCUUCCAAGCAGAGCUCUGCUGCGUUCCUGCCAACGCCUGGGGAUAUUCACAACCUCUGCGCCUGGCUGGACCGGCUCCCACUCAGCCGCCCCAAGCGUCACUUGGCUCGGGACUUCAGUGAUGGUGUGCUGGUGGCCGAGAUUGUGAAGUACUUCCGCCCAAGGCUGGUGGACUUGCACAGCUACGUCCCAGCCUGCAGUACAGACCAGAAGCUGAGCAAUUGGAGCCUUCUCAACAGGAAAGUCUUUCGCAAGCUGCACUUGUUUAUCUCAGAUAAUGAUAUCCAAAGGGUGGUAUCCAACAGGCCUGGAGUUAUCGAGUCUAUUCUAUGUGCACUGAGGGAGAAGAUGGAGGCCAGGACCGUUCAUGUAGGCUCAGCAAGCACAGCUGAUCCAGGACACUCUGGUGUGGAUGCUGUCCGACCUUGUGGGGAGCUUACCUCCUACCCACAUACCACUAAGAUUCAAGAUCCUAAUGUGGAUAACUGCAGCCUGUCAGAGCCCCUUUGGGACUCCUGCGCAGAACAUCACCACAUUCCCGAAAGCUGGGCGCAUGAUGAUCUUGAGCUCCCAAACCUUCAAAAGAAGGCAGGCCUAAAGAGCCCUCCAGCCCCCUCCAGCACGAAGAUCCUUCAGAAUCAAAGGGAUUUGGAGAAAAUGGGCUGCUGUGCUUGCAGAGGGGACUCAAUUGAAGGGCUCUGGGAACACCUGAUCGGCAUCCAGCAGCAGCUGGAGGAUAAGGAGCAAGCACUAGCCAUUCUGCAGGAGACAGUCAAGAUAUCCAUGGAGACCAGAUCCAUCAGACUCUCCUGGAGCUGGAGUUGCAGGUGCUUGUGAGCUGCCUCACAUGGGUGGGAGCAAUCAAACUCUGAACUUCUCCAAGAGAUUACCAGUACAUACAUACUCUCCCCACUGAUCCCCGACCCCCUUUUUUUUAAAGACAGGGAGGGUCUCUCUACAUAGCUCUGGCUGUCCUUGAAUUCACUGUGUAGACCAGACUGAUCUCAAACUCACAGAGUUUGCCCUGGGAUUAAAGGCAUGCACCACCAAACCCAGCAAGAGUAUGCACUCCUAACCUUAACCAACACUGAGCUAUCUCCACUCCUCCCUCUACACACACACUUAUUCUUUUUUUUAAUAUUUAUUUAUGAUAAGUACUGUCUUUGU